UAUUUUCAAAUAGGAUCAAUGCUAUUUCUCGUUCCUACUCCUUAAUAAUGCUUGCAAAAGUGCUAAUGACUCAGUCGUUUCCAAGUUAUAAUCUCAGCCUAUUUGGUAUAAACUGUUCCAAACAACAAUAAUAAACACAAGACAGGCAGGCGGAGUCCCCCUCCUUGUGUCCACAAACAUUGAGUCAAAUGUUGGAAGCCUGCACACACAACUUAGGCCUGCCUUUCGUGUAGGGUUAGACUUACGUAAUUUACGAAAAGAAAAGUAUUGGCUGCCCAGUGUUAACACCAAGAUAGUAACAGGGGUGACUGACUCCGAAUAGUCAUGAUCUGUCUUCUCUGACUCGGGCCCAGGGCCAGGACUUUUAGGAGGGCUAGGCAAGGGAGGGAGGAUACCCCCGACUCCUUCACCCUCUUUUCGACAACCAACUUCUCAACCCUAUCAUCACCAGUCUCUAGUCUGCAGUAGUGAAUAAUAGUGUCAGUUGUACUGUGACAUUUACCACACACUGGACUUCAUUGAAAUCCUUGCUGACGAGUUCAAGUUGUUUCGUCAUGGAAGAAAACUGUGGUCGAUUCAAUUACGUCUACAGCUGCGAGUUGGAUGCUGAUUUUGAUAUAAAAAUUGGAAGCCUUGAAGGCAAAAGGAUUCGGCCUAGCUACGCUGAAAUUUUGGACAACCCAAUUGGUUACUUCUCCGGUGCAUAUCAAGAAGAUUUUUCUGACUUGUUUGUGACUGUUCAAGUUUACAAUAAUGGUUUGCCAAUAACUUUACCUGUACAGACAUCACACAAAUCUUUCACAUCAAGAUGGAACUGGAAUGAAUGGCUUUCUCUACCCAUCAAGUUCAGUGAUUUACCUCGAGACGCCUUAUUAGCAUUUACAGUAUGGGAUUACUAUGGGACGGAGGGUAUGAUCCCAAUCGGUGCCACUACUGUUCCUGUGUUUGGGAAAAGAGGCACUCUUCGCAAAGGAAUGCAUGAUUUAAAAGUUUGGCCUGAGAGUGUACCGGAUGUUGCAUCUCCAUCGAGCACACCGGGGAAAUCAAAAGACACUAAUGAUCGGAUGACCCAACUGGCUAAGCUGGCUAAGAAGCACAGAGAUGGUCAUAUGACAAAGGUGGACUGGCUGGAUCGUUUGACGUUUCGAGAGAUUGAAUUGGUGAAUGAGCAGCAAAAAAGAGACUCCGAGUUCAUGUACUUAAUGGUAGAGUUUCCAAGGAUACACUACGAAGGAAUUCCAUACACACUAGUCUACUUUGAAAAGGAUGGAGACAGAGCAUAUGAGUUUAGAACUCAAAAGGAUAUUGUAACCAUAAAUGAUCCUGAAAUGCUAAUGGAAAACAUAGUGGAGUCAAAACAUCACAGGUUAGCCCGCAGUCUGCGGAGUGGACCAAGUGAUCGGGAUCUCAAGCCAGAUGCUCAUACAAGGGAUUUGCUCAAUACUAUUGUGGGCUACCCACCUACAAAGACUCUGUCAUCAGAAGAACAAGACUUGGUGUGGAAAUUCAGGUUUUACUUGUCUUCUCAAAAAGAGGCUUUAGCAAAGUUUUUGAAAAGUGUGAACUGGAAGAAUGCACAGGAGUCUAAUGCUGCUCUGGAGAUGCUGAUGACAUGGUCUCCGAUGAAUGUUGAAGAUGCUUUAGAGCUGCUGAGCCCUACCUUUACUCAUCCUAAAGUGAGGAAAUAUGCCAUCAUGAGGCUGAGGCAGGCCAAUGAUGAGGAUUUGCUCACAUACCUCUUGCAACUGGUUCAAGCUCUAAAGUACGAGAGCUUUGAAGAGAUAAAGAGCAGAAGUGACAGAGACUACGUCUCUCCCAACCCAGAUUAUUCUCAUCUUUCUCGACGGGAUUCUGACCUGCCUCAGCCCUCGGAGCCGGUGGUGGGUCUGGACCAGCAUCCUCUGGCAGCCCCUCCCUCGACUGAAACAUCACGGACUGAGGAAGAAAUCCUUGACGCUAUGAAUAGCGAAACAAGUCCUGACAAGUCUGAGGUACAGCUCUCAACACUGGACCAGGAGAUGGACCUUGCGUCUUUCCUUAUUUCAAGGUCGUGCAAAAAUCCUGUCGUUGCCAACUAUUUCUAUUGGUACCUUGUUGUGGAAUGUGAGGAUCAAACAGACAUUCUGAAUGAGGAGGUGACUGAGAUGUACAAAGCUGUAUUCAAGCGGUUUAUCCAUGCCCUUCUUAAGGGUCCGCCAGAGUUCAAACGGCAGAGAGUGAUCCUGUCACGCCAACAAGCCUUCAUGGAGCGUCUGUGCAAUGCUGUCAAGUUGUUGCAGAAGGAGAGUAGUCAGAAGAAGAAGGUUGAACGCCUUCAGGCCUUGCUGCAUGACGAGGUGAUAGUAACGGGCAACAUGACCAACUUUGAACCACUGCCCAUGCCGCUGGAUCCCAGAGUGGCCAUUAAGUCCAUUAUCCCGGAAAAAGCCAAUGUGUUCGCUAGUAAGCUGAGCCCAUGCCUGCUGACGUUUGAGACAACGAGUGGGCGUGACUACCGCGCAAUCUUCAAGCACGGGGACGAUCUCAGGCAGGAUCAGUUGAUUUUGCAGAUGUUUCAGCUGAUGGACAAGCUUCUAAGGCAUGAAAAUCUGGACCUGCAGCUGACCCCAUACAAUGUAUUGGCUACCAGCUCCAAACAUGGUUUUGUGGAAUUUAUCGAGUCAAUUGCGCUGUCUGAAGUGUCCAAGGAAAAAGCCAUUCAGAAAUUCUUGAGACAGCAUAACCCCAGUGAGUCAGGUCCUUAUGGGAUUGCAGCUGAAGUCAUGGAUAAUUAUGUGAAAAGUUGCGCUGGGUAUUGUGUUAUGACCUACCUCUUGCAAGUCGGAGAUCGUCAUUUGGAUAAUCUCAUGCUCACAAAGAAUGGAAAAAUGUUCCACAUUGACUUUGGAUUCAUUCUUGGCCGAGACCCAAAAAUCAUGGCUCCUCCAAUGAAACUGAACAAGCAAAUGGUGGAAGCUAUGGGUGGCAAUGACUCUGAGCACUUCCAACGCUUCAAAGUGUUCACAUACACCGCAUUUUUGGCUUUGCGAAGAUCAGCCAAUCUUUUCCUGAAUUUGUUUUCUCUAAUGGUGGACACAAGCAUUCCUGACAUUGCUCUGGAACCAGAUAAAACUGUGAAAAAGGUUCAAGAGAAGUUUAUGCUUCACCUGAAUGAUGAGCAGGCUGUGCAGUACAUACAGGGUCUCAUUGAUGAGAGCGUCAACGCUUUUAUGCCCACUUUGAUUGAGUAUGGCCAUAAAGUGGCACAGGCCCUCCGGAAAUAGAUGACAAGUACACAACGCCGCAGACAGCAGCCCUUACUCCUGGUUUACAUUUGAGCAAUACCUCAUGUGUUUAUUUUCACUCAGUCAUUUCUUUACAAUGUGGAUGUGUUUCCAACAUUGAAACAAACUUUAUGGGAGGCAGCCAUGUUGUUAUUAAUGCUAUGCACUCAAGUCUUUGUCAUUCCUUUAUAAAUGUGUUCUUUUGAUUUUGAUUGAUAUGACCUGCUGCUAGCAGAAAAGAGACAUUAGUUGCUGAGAACGUAAGGGUCUACCUCUUCCUCCUGGUGAAAUUUGGAUUCAUAUUGUUUUGCUUUUUUUGUCCCUUCAUCGUGUCUUCAAUUGAAAGUGUUCAUACUUUGUAAAUAGAGUGUACUAUGCUUACAAUUACAAGUUUGCUGUGAUCAUUCAGCUCAUUGUUCAGCAGCUUGAGCCUGUUUUUACAGGUAGCUAUGUCUUUUUCUUAGGUUUUGUUUGUAUUUGGCAGAUUUCGGUGAGCCUUUCUCAACAUAUUACACCCUUACUCACCCAGGAUUACACGAGAAUUUCCCUACACAUUCCACUCUAACUCUUAACUCUAACCGGCCGGAAUCAUCCGUUCUGACCUAGCGUCUGUAGAAACGAAGUCUUGCCUUGACUAGACUGGGUUGAGAUUUAGUUUUAUAUAGUUAUUGUAAAAUGUUUCUCCUUCUGUUUGAGUUUGAUAUAUAAUAUAAAUGGAAUUGAAAAUUUUCUGACCAGUAUUUCUAGUAUUUAGAGCUGUUCAACGGGCGAUCGCUUUUCUGACACUUUGACUAUGACUUUGAGGGUGUCUUGACUUGUUGAAAAGCGACAUAAUUGAGCUUGAAAAAGCAAAUAACGAUGGAUUUGAGCAUGAACAAGCGCAUGAUGAAACAAAUACUGAUGAAAACAUUGUAGCAGGAGUUGGGGGCGAUCCAGAUUAAUAAUCGGAUGUAGAAUCUAGAUCUAGGGUUGGACCAUGAGAGUGACAGGUUGUACACUCCAAGUGAAGUAAAGUUAGAACCAUUUCCAAAAAUCUGUGGAUAUUAAGUUAUAUUUUUUUUAUAAUACAGCAUUAAUUUCUUUCUCAUUUUUUUAUUUUUUUCAGAAUUUUAAAGUAUUUUCAACAUGUGUCGUUUUUUCUAAAUACUUGUAUUCAUGGGAAGUGAGUUACUUCUGCUUGCUUAGGAUUUGGGAAUAGACUUCCAGUCGAGACUUUUAGGGAGUAAUGUUUUAAGCAGUUUUGUUUUUUUCUGAGAGCUUAUCUUAUGGCCUUUAUAAUUGUGUGUGUUUCUCAUUGUCUAUCUUAUCUGAAUUUGUUCUUUGUAUUUUAUGUAAUUUCUUUUCAUUUCACACAUUAGUGCUUCUUGGUCUUCUCUCAUUCUCUAAAAGUGGCCAGUGUGAUGGGAAUAAGCUCAACAAGUAGAAUAGUUACUGCCUGAAAAUUAUCAUCAUGUUUUGUUACAUGUUAAAGACUUGUAUUUGCAAAAAAUUUUAUGAAAUAUUAUUUCAUUUUGUUUUACUCUGUAUGUUGUGCGCAUUGGAGAUGAUUAUGCUUAUACUUGAAUUGUACCCAGUGGUCCGACUGAAGUAUGACAGUGUGCUUGAAACUUGGAGGGAGGUAGGGAUGUGCUUUGAUCAUUUGAAAUGUUAUGAAACAUCUUUAAAAAAAAUAUUCAUCUACAUCAAAAACGUGCAUUCAUUUUUUUACCUUUUUCCUUGUUCCUUUAUCCUUUGCAUCUACUCCUCAUAAAGUUUGAUGCUUGUUUUUUUUAACAGGAAAAAAUAAUUUUUUGCCAUCAGAAGAAUAGUCAAUCGAUGUUGCUUGAAGUUUUAUUUUUUUCCUUACAUAUAGAAUCUUCCUUUAAAAUGGUUUCAAGCAACCAUAAAAUGUUAAAUAUUUGCUGCUUGUCAAAAGUGUGUCAAACUGUUACAAGACAUCUAUCUUUCUUGCAAA